ACCUGCGCGGGAGGCUGCACUGGGGGGUGUCCCCGGGUACCGGACAGGGCGCUGCGGCUCUGCACCAUUCCUACGCGCUGCCAGUGACGGUACCGUGCGGCGCUGGUGCGCCCGCCCGAGCGCUGAAGACAGGAGCCGGUCCUUGUGUCCCUGCGUGCGUAUGCCGGCGCGCCUUGCGGCCAGCCGGGUGUGAGCCCGAGUUCUGCUGCCCGAGCCGGUGUGAGUGCCGGUCCGAGGGCCGGUGUCGGUGAGGGAGACUGCGGGUGCCUUUGCGGUUCACUGUCUCGGCGCCUUUGCGGCUCUCCGGAGGUGCAAGCGGCGGUGCCGGUGCAGACACCAGUGCGGGUGCCGGUGCGUUACUCCUCCCGUGCGCAGGGCGGUCACCUUGGUGGGGGGGCCAGGCCGAGUGGAGCUGAGCGGUGCGACCGGGCUGGGCACCGGGGUCCCUGCUCCAGCCCCUCCCGGGCCGCCGGCCCCCGUCGCCCCCGCCCGGUCCCUGCGGUCCGCGCGCCGCCGGUCUCAGCCCCUGCGGCUCCAUCCCUCCGGCGCGGCCCCAUCUCCACCCGGCCCCAUCCCUGCCCAGCCCCGGUGCCGGUCUUGGCGGCAGCGCGGCGCCCGGUGCGGGCCAUGGCGGCGGCGGAGGCAGGCGGCGCUGCGGCGGCGGCGGGGGCCCGGCGCGGCCCGGGCGGGGAGCGGAGCUAGGCGGGAGGCGGCCCGGGAUGGCCAGGAUGAACGUGGCCCUACAGGAGCUUGGACACGCCAUGCCCAACUAUAAGCGUGCCACGCUGCAGGAUGAGGAGGGGCCGGAGCCAGCAGGGGAUGGCAGCGCCUCUCCUGACAGCGUGGAGGUGGGAUUUCGGAAGGGGCCGGGGACGCUGCUGAGCCGCCUGGCCUCACGCAGCCAGCUGGAGCUGGUGCUCUGCGCUGUCGCCGUCUCCCUGGCCCUGCUGCUCAGCGUCGCCGUCGUCACUCUGGCCAUUCAGUACCGCAGAGAUCCCUCUCACAGCACGUGCCUGACGGAUGCCUGUGUCCGGGUGGCCAGCAAGAUCCUGGAGGCCCUGGAUACAGAGGUGGACCCAUGCCAGGACUUCUACCAGUACUCGUGCGGGGGCUGGAUUAAGAGGAACCCACUGCCCAACGGCCGCUCCAAGUGGAGCACCUUCAACAGCAUCUGGGACCAGAAUCAGGCCAUCAUGAAGCAUCUCCUAGGUGGGCACCAAGGAGUCACAGACACUGGAGGGGGUGACCCCUGUGUCACUUGGGCUGACCCACAGCCUCCCACAGAAAACGCCACCUUCAACUCCAGCAGUGAGGCAGAGCGGAAGACACAGCGGUACUACCUGUCCUGCCUCAAGGAGCAGAGGAUAGAGGAGCUGGGCUCCCAGCCCCUUAUGGAGCUCAUCGACAAGAUUGGGGGAUGGAACAUCACUGGCUCCUGGAACCAAACCAGCUUCAUGGAGGUACUCAAGAGCGUGUCAGGCACAUACCGGGCAACCCCCUUCUUCACGGUGUAUGUGGGUGCAGACUCCAAGAGUUCCAACAGCAACAUCAUCCAGGUGGACCAAUCAGGGCUUUUCCUCCCAUCCCGGGAUUACUAUCUGAAUAAGACUGCCAACGAGAGGGUUCUGGCAGCGUACCUGGACUACAUGGUGGAGCUGGGCACACUGCUGGGGGGCACCCCAGAGCCCACCCGCCUCCAGAUGCAGCAGGUGCUGGACUUUGAAACCCAGCUGGCCAACAUCACUGUGCCCCAGGCUGAGCGGCGGGACGAUGAGAAGAUCUACCACAAGAUGAGCAUUGCUGAGCUGCAGCUUCUGGCCCCUGCCAUUGACUGGCUGGAUUACCUGUCCUACGCCUUGGCCCCACUGGAUCUGGCAGACACAGAGCCUGUGGUGGUGUAUGGGGACACCUACCUCCAGCAGGUCUCUGACCUCAUCAAUGACACUGACAGGAGCAUCCUGAACAACUAUCUGAUCUGGAACCUGGUGCAGAAGACGGCCUCCAGUCUGGACCAGCGCUUCGAGACAGCCCAGGAGAGGCUGCUGGAGACACUCUAUGGCACCAGGAAGUCCUGCACGCCCCGCUGGCAAACCUGCAUCUCCAACACGGAUGACACCCUGGGCUUUGCGCUGGGCUCCCUCUUCGUCAAAGCCACCUUUGACCGGGACAGCAAGGCCAUUGCUGAGGAGAUGAUCAGCGAGAUCCGUGCAGCCUUUGAGGUGUCCCUGGACCAGCUGGACUGGAUGGAUGAAAGGACCAGGCAGGCUGCAAAGGAGAAGGCGGAUGCCAUCUACGACAUGAUUGGCUUCCCUGACUUCAUUCUGGACAACAAGGAGCUGGACGAUGUCUAUGAUGGGUACGAGGUCUCUGAAGACUCCUUCUUCCAAAACAUGCUCAACUUCUACAACUUCUCUGCCAAAGUGAUGGCUGACCAGCUCCGGAAACCCCCCAACCGUGACCAGUGGAGCAUGACCCCACAGACUGUCAAUGCCUAUUACCUGCCCACCAAGAACGGGAUCGUCUUUCCUGCCGGGAUCCUCCAGGCUCCCUUCUACGCCCGCAACCACCCCAAAGCCCUUAAUUUUGGUGGCAUUGGCGUUGUGAUGGGACACGAGCUAACCCAUGCAUUUGAUGACCAAGGACGGGAGUACGACAAAGAGGGAAACCUGCGGCCAUGGUGGCAGAACUCCUCCCUGGAGGCCUUCAAGAACCGGACGGCGUGCAUGACAGAGCAGUACGGCCGCUACACCGUCCACAGUGAGAAGGUCAAUGGGCGGCAGACACUGGGCGAGAACAUCGCUGACAACGGCGGGCUCAAGGCAGCCUACAAUGUGAGUGCCACCAUCCCGAGGGGACACGGACCCCCAGGCCUGUCUGUCCCUUCCCGGAGCUUCAGCCCAGCUCUCCCGCAGGCUUACAAGUCGUGGCUGCAGAAGAACGGGGAGGAGAAGCGCCUGCCAGCCCUGGGGCUCACCAACCACCAGCUCUUCUUCGUGGGCUUUGCGCAGGUGUGGUGCUCCGUCCGGACGCCUGAGAGCUCCCAUGAAGGGCUGGUGACCGACCCCCACAGCCCCGACAAGUAUCGUGUCAUCGGCACCCUCAGCAAUUCCCGGGACUUUGUCGAACACUUCGGCUGCCCCCUGGGCUCCCCCAUGAACCCCGGCAAGCACUGUGAGGUGUGGUAGGGACGGGGAGGGUGCUGGGGACAGAGGGGAUGAUGCUCUGCUGUGCCCCAGCUCCCCAGACCUCAGUGGCUGCCAGAGCUGGCCACGGGCAGAGAGCAGUCCCCCUCCUGUGCUCACACUGCACACCCCACCUCUGCACCCUCCCCGCCACACACGGCCCCACACCAGGCACCCACCGCAGCCCCAUCCACAGCUUGGGGCUGGACACGGCCGGCAGAGAGGCUGUAGCACCCCCAAAACGCAGCUCUGCCCCCUAAACCCUGAUGUGCUUGAGUCGGGCACAGCUCAGUGUCCCCUGCGCUGCGUCCGCCCCUCAGGCGGGCAGGUCAAAGGGGUCCCAGGGAAAGCACCAGAGCCAAGAUCCCCACAUCCCCCUGCUCCCGCCCCCCAACCUGCCGGAGAUGGAGGCUGGGGGCCCCCGGCUCCGCGCUUCCCUUGUCCCCUCCCACUCCUGCUUGGCUUCCCCAUCCACCUCUGCUGGGACCAGCGGACGACAGCGGGGACUCUGGUGCCUUCAGCUGUGGGUGGCUGUCGCCGAGUUUAUUUAACAAUUAAAAGCAGUUUCCACUUA